CAGCCCUACAGGGAGACUAGUGUGGGACGCGCCGGGUACCGGCGCGGGGACGUAUGGGGCGGCUACGCGCACGCUGGGGACGUGGCUGCGCGAAGUGGUUAGGCUUGGAACUUAGCCCCUGCUGGAGCGGGUGUCGCAGACUUUGGACGGAGGGUGGCACUUGGGAGUCUCGCCCUGGGAGGGAGACGGGUCCGUAGUCUCCGGUCGCAGAUCCGUGGACCCUCUUCGCAGACGCCUCGUGGAGCCUCAGGUAACUGCACCUCCUCCCAGUAUGGCAGCCUCGCCGCUCCCACCGCCAGACCCGCGGUUUGUCCUCCGAGGUACCCAGUCGGCAGUACAUGCGCUGCAUUUCUUCGGAGGAGCCGAAGGGCAGGGGCAGCCGCUCCUCCUCUCAGGAUCCCUGAGUGGGCUGGUGCACAUCUGGAGCCUGCAGACACGGAGGGCGGUUGCUACCCUGGACGGCCAUCGGGGCCAGUGUGUAACCUGGCUGCAUUCAUUGCCCCAAGGGCACCAGCUCCUCAGUCAGGGCAGGGACCUGAAGCUGUGCCUAUGGGACCUGGCGGAGGGCAGAAACGCUGUCGUGGACUCCAUGCGCCUGGAGAGCAUGGGCUUCUGCAGGAGCACCGUCCUGGCCAGGGGUCAGAGGCACUGGAUGCUGGCCAUGCCGGGGAGAGGCAGUGACGAGGUUCAGAUUCUGGAGAUGCCAUCCAAGACGUCAGUGUGCACCCUGAAGCCGGAGGCAGAUGCCAAGCCGGGCAUGCCCAUGUGCCUGGAGCUGUGGCAGGCCGAGUCCAGUCCCCGCCCACUCCUCCUGGCCGGCUAUGAGGACGGAUCAGUGGCACUGUGGGACGUCUCUGAGCGGAAGGUGUGCAGCCGUGUCGCCUGCCACACAGAGCCCGUCAUGGGCUUUGACUUUGACUCCCAAAAGGCCAGGGGCGUCUCGGGCUCUGCGGAGAAGGCGCUGGCUGUCUGGAGCCUGGAUGAGCAGCAGGCCCUGCAGGUAUGCAAAACUCAUGAACUCACCAAUCCCGGGAUUGCUGAUGUCAAGAUCCGGCCAGACCGCAAGAUCCUGGCCACUGCAGGCUGGGACCAUCGUGUCCGUGUGUUUCACUGGCGGACAAUGAAGCCACUGGCUGUACUGUCCUUCCACAGUGCUACUGUCCACUGUGUGGCCUUCGCUGCCAAUGGCUUACUUGCUGCAGGGUCCGGGGAUCAGCGCAUCAGCAUCUGGUCACUCUACCCGAUUAGCAGUGACUCAUCCACUCUCUUGUCAGGACAUGUGGAGGACACGGAGGUGGGAGCCCAUGCCUUGGCCUGACCCAGGCAUGUAGUAACCGUGCAUCAGGACCCUUGAGGACAACCAGUCACAGUUAUCUUCCUCCAGUUACGAGAGGUGUCCAGUCCUUGGAGUCCUCAUUUUCUUCACAAGGCUUGGGUUUCCUUUUUUUUUUUUUUUUUUUUUUUUUUUUUAAUUUUUUUAAAUGUCUUUAUUUUUGAGAGAGAGAGAGAGAGAGAGAGGGAGACACAGAAUCCGAAGCAGGCUCCAGGCUCUGAGCUGCCAGCACAGAACCCGACACAGGGCUUGAACCCACGAACCGUGAGAUCAUAACUUGAGCCUAAGUCAAACACUCAACCAACUGAGCCACCCAGAUACCCCGGCUUAUGUUUCCUUUUGUGAAAUACAGCCUCUGUCUGACAGUGACUGCAGUUUACAAAGAGUAACCGGGCCAGACACCUGGGCAUCUGUGGUCCAGGUGAGAGGCCAACCUGGGGAUACUAUUUUAUAAUAAACUUCCAGUUGCAAACCUGCAGGUUCAAAGUACAAAUUCUCCAAGGUGACACCCUGCUUCCCCCUUAGAGUUAGCUCUGAGAGCCAUCCUCAGACUUUCCAAUGGGCAGGACAGUUGACCCCUGUCCAGUGGGGGGUACCGAAUGUGGUCCCCAGGUCCUGCUGACUCCAUGUGGCUCCUUAUACCCAAGGAUGGCCAGGAGCUUCUGAUGCACAGGGCUGAAGCCAGAACCAGUAGAAAGAAGUGACCAGACCCUUCAAGAGAACACGGCAGAAGCAGGGUGGCCACGGCUGAUGGCAAAGGUAACUCUGGGCAGAGAGAGCUCAUGGUUCAGGGCCAGGCCAAACGCAGGACCCGUGGGAGGAUGUGCCACCCCAAAGAGGGGAAGACCAAGGAUGGCAAGGGCGGCUUCAGGGUGAAAAGCAUAGCAGAAUUAAGUAUGGCUGACACAGCCAUCAAUGACACAGUCCCAGCCAGUGCUGUGCACUCAGGGCAACUGGGAAUUAGCAACCAAAGUAGGCAGUGCACCCAGUCUCCUUCCAUGCAUGGCUGGGCCCAGCCGUCAAAGCUGGGCUAUUGAUUGGGAAGGAAGUUGGCCCUGGAAAUUGGGAUGGAGGUUGUGGGCAGGUAGGAAAGCUGGGGGCCUCAAACCCCUUUGUUGCACUGGCUGUUUUGCCAGAAAAGCCCCCUUUGGUCCCUGCCUGAAGAGGUCAGUCCUUCUUUACCUAAAAGACCUGGAAGGGCUUCCCCUGGGUCAGGGUCCAUGUGGGAUACUCAGGACCAGCUCCCCCACCUCACAGCUUGCCUUAUAACUAAACUCAGGCCCCAGGAGGCCCCAAAGGGUGAGGUACAAAGUGUGGCCCGUGAUGAAGUGGCAGUGGUCCAGAAGACCCUCAUGCAGACAGAAAUCUGGAGAACACGUGUGGGAUCCAGGUGGCAGGAAUAUGAGACGCAUGAGGCCAAACCCAUUGAACAGGGCCACUAACAGAGGGUCUGGACUCAUUGCAGCCUGAGGAGUUAGAAAGGACCCCAGGGUUUGGUUGCUUGGUUGAAACAUGGACCACAAGGCAGGUUUGCUAAGUGCAGUUGAAAUGCCAGAACAAUCUCCGUGUACUGCAGAGGGAAUGACCUGAGGGCUCAGGGGGAUUGGGGUGCUCUAGGGCACUUACCACUGAGACCUGCUCACCUUCCACAAGAGGGGCUGGAGCAUGUGCCUUUCCCCAUGUCUUGGAGGAAUACAUCCACAAGGGGAGCCCAGCGUCCUUGAAGAGCUCUGUGGUCUCUCUUCUCUGCAGGUCAGUUGGAGCCACUGCCACAGAGCAAGGAUCUCUAAAUGCAGUGGAGUCCGUGGAUCUCAGAGUGGCAAGGCCUAGUGGUGGCACUUCAUGACCCAAGACAUGGUAGGUGUGGUUGUGUGGUGGGCAGCGGGACCACUGCAGCCACCAGCAGCCAGACUCACAGAGGUUCAGGUGUGAGCUGGUGGCCUUGGGCCCUGGAAGUGGAGCUGAUGGGAAGCCUACUCAAAUCUGGCUUGGUCUGCUUGAGCGGAAGCGUUCUGGAUCUAGCAGACAAAUGUCUGACCCAGGCCACCAAAACAGAGGCACAGCCCCUCCAUCACAGACCCAGGCCUUGUGAGGAAAGAUCGCACUGCACUGCUAACCACGUAUACUUCGGAUCUUCUGCCCAGCCUCCCCAGUGACCUACGGCUACUCCCGAGGGGACGGCACACUGUUGGAGCUCACUGACAGCCCUGCCUGGGGACUGGCUUACCCACAUGGGCCCUGUUGGACAGAGGUGCUGGAGAGUGUCCUCCGGCACCUUUGGGAGGGACCACGCUGGCCCCAGAGUGUCCUGUGGCCAGGCUACCAGAUGUUGGGGGACCCAUCUAGAGGGAUUUCCACAUCAUGAAUGUCCGAAGGAGAGGCUCUGUUUAGGCUGCAGGCACUUGAACCUCACCAGACAUGAGGGGAACUGCCGAGUGAGCCACAUUCGGGGUGCUCCUCACAGGGAGGCUGUCAGGUCAGAGACCAUGGAGGUUGGCUGAGCCACAGCCCUGCCAUGACUCCCACAUACCAAGGACGUUCUAGAACAGCAGCCGUGGGCUGCUCAGUGCUGCUGCUCACCUCCCUUCUCUUUCUCUCUGCAAGAGGCACCCAUCUGGUGACAUGACCACAGGCAGUGGGACACUGGGUUGUGGGUGGUCAUUCUGAAAAAUGAACCUUUGCUAAUCCUGCCCACGGCCAGGCAGCCACAGGCUGAUGCUAAACAGCAAAGGAUUGUUGGAUAAGUCUCGGAACAUACCUAGCCUCCUUGCUAAAGCAAAGCUGUAAACGCACAGAGUGGUGUCAACAUCCCACCCUCACCAGCACUUUUGGGAAUGGGCUGCGCUGCAGGCAGUUGCUGGUAGGGAGGGGCAUGCCUGUACAGCAGGGGAAGGGAGAGGCGAGCCCCUUCAGUUACUCUGCAUGCCCAUCAGGCAGCCCUGCCAGAACCCACUGCCAUGGCUGGGAAGCCUGUGUGGGGGUGCUGUCCACCCUGCCUCAGCUCUGGCCCUGAGGCAUCAGGCCUGGAGCUGGUACAACCUCAAGAGGCUGUGAACCCAAUGGCCAAGGAAAUGGUGUCCCCGCCCCUUGUAUAUGCCUGUGUCAUCAGCUCAUCAGGAAUCUUGGGGACUCUGUCUCUUGGCAGAAUCACCAUAUUUACAAAAACAGCCAUGGAGGUGUGUGUUCCAGACAAAGGGACAGGGUAGUGCAAGUCAGCAUGAGGUUUAUUAAAGCCAGAGAUACUUCCAGAAUGUCUGAGGUGUGCUGUGUGUGUUGACUGCCUGUGUCUUGCCCCUGGAGAUGGUAGAGAGGAGGUGUUGGCAGACGCAGACCCGGCGUCCAUACCUGGCCCUCACCUUCCUGUUAAAGGCACCAGCAGAGGUGCAUAGAGGAUCACAGGCAACUGACCGUGCACUGGGCUCUGGGCUGUCCCACUGGGGUCACAUGCUGGUGAGCAGUGUCCGGGGACGUCUUGUGGCCAAAUCUCUACUUAUGGGGGCCAAAUUGGGCUGUGACAGCCCUGCAGGCCCUGUGUGUCUCAUGGGGUCUUGUGGAUAGGCAAGCAUGUUCUGAGGCCAGCCAGGCUUUAUGGAUGUUAUAGGGAAAGACUGGUGGCCAGGACUUUUGUCCAUUCAGCUGAGCCACCUGGGACCGCAGUGGCACCAACUGUAUUAGAAACGCUGGUGUCUGAACCAGCGUGGCUCUCCUCUCGGCCCACCACGGGGCCCGAGGUUUUGUACAACAGGAUCUGAGGACGUUAGCAAAUCACCACAGACCUGACCAGUCUCAGACUCCCCGCAGCAUCAUCAAAAACAGGGGCCCCACUCUGACACCCAGCCUGGAGAAGAUGCUUCAUGUUUGCAAAGUCCCAGAUAGUCCUUGUCAUGUCCCUCCUCAGACCUGACUUGGUGUCGGUGGCUGGCUGCGCCACGGGACCCAAGUGUGCAGGAGCACUGCUGUCUCCCAACAGCUGUGCGGCCCCCUUGCUGGAAGCACUUAAGCUGAUCUCCCUGACCAUCCCAGGGUGGGCUGCAGAGUGGGCACAGCGGCGUCCCUGCAGCUCUCCCGCAAUGACAGGCAGGUGCUCGAUGAGGAGGAGCCUCUGUGUAGAUCCACGGUUGUGCUUUACCAGAAGGGUGUGUGCAUUCUCAUGGCCAGUCCCUUUGCUGUUAACUUAGGGACCUUAAUGUUCUGGGAGUGGCUUCUUUUCCUUUGCAUGGAUGAUCAUAGCAGCUUUAUUCAUAACAGCCCCAAACUAGAAACACCCCAAAUGUAUUGACAGAUGAAGGGACAGAGAAGCAAACUGUGGUGCAUCACUACGUGCAGUCUUGCCAGCCAUGAAGAGGAGCCUGGAUGGACCCUGAGGAACUGGGCUUGGGUGGAAACUACAGUCUGCCAAGGUCCAGCCCAUCCCCAGAUCUCCCUCAGGCUGUGCAGGAUGUCUGCAUGAGGCACCCUGGGGUGACACCUCAAAACUGAUCUGGGCAUGGCCUCGGGCAGAGGCCCAUAGGAGGUCUCUCACACCCUGUGACAGAGUUUUCUCCACUUUCCAUUUUACCACAGUACAAAAGGCCUGCUUUUCCUUAAAGAUGUUUCCACAUGCCUCGUGUUGGCCAAUAAAACCUGUCCUUGGAAGUCCAGUUACCAAUGGUGUUCCUCAACCUAUUAAACAGACAAAAGAAUGAGAGCAGGGCUUGGGCUGGGCCUCCUGGCCUUCACCUCAGGCCAUGUGGGAAGCCCUACUCCCUUCCGGUCACCUGCCUGCAGGCCAGUAGCAACCACAUUUGCUGACAGGCCAUGUCUACGUGUCCACAUGGUACCUUGGGGGCCAGGCCAUGCCUGUGUUCCUUCAUGUAAGUUGCUUUCAUCAAGACCCUUCCCAGCCCACCAGCAUCUCCGCACACCCAGCCACGUCUGUCCGAUGGCUCUUCGAAAUCAUCCCUGUGAUUUUCUCCCCAUUUCCAAAGUGCCUUUCCUAGCCGAGCAACAUUUUUCAGGACUUCCACUUAAGCACUGUUUCAUUCAGAGGUCACUUUGAUUUAGCACAGUCCACAGUGGCCCAACUGGUGCUUCUUCAUCACCGACAUCGAUGUUAUCAUCCAGAAAGAUGAGGAAGGCCAUGGCGCGGGUGCCCAGGGGACAGGAAAUGCAGCCAGACAGAGACCUGUGGUUCCCCAAGGGAAUGUCACUAGACAAGCAUCACUCAUCAUGUGUCCUCAGUCACCCUCACCCUCAGGAAGACCUUUUCCAGCCCAACCCAGCCACUGAGAGGGACUCACUAGUGUCUCAAAGAAGUCUUCGUUAAUACUCUCUUAGUGGAGAAGCUGCACACAAUCGGAGAAAACUCAUUUGGGAGAAGCUAUAGACGUUUCUUGUGUGCAGCUCUGGUCAGUGUGUCCUUUUUUUUUUUUUUUUUUUUUAAGUUUUAUUUAUUUAUUUUGAGAGAGACCGAGACGGCGCAAGUGGGAGAGAGGGAGAGAGAGAAAAUCCCAAGCAGGCUCUGCAGCACUAUCCGCACAGAGCCCAGCGCGGGGCUCGAGCUCAUGAAACCGUGAGAUCAUGACCUGAGCCAAAACCAAGAGUCGGACGCUUAACCAGGCACCCCUCUGCUUAGUGUGUUCUGUUGUCCUGUCCUUGGCACAGCUUCCAUGGGUCAGGAGUGCGGGCACAGGAUAGCCGGGGCCUCUGGUGGGAACCUCACAGACUGUAGUUAGGUAUCAGUGGGACCGGGUCCUCUUCCAGCCCUCCUGGUUAUUAGCAGAAUCCACAAGUUUGUGCUAGAUGCCUGAUGCCCAAGGCCUGAGGCUCCUUCACGGCCAGCAGGCAUGGCCUUGGGGUAUUCUGUGCUGUGACUUUCAUGGGCCCAGGGUGUGAUCUGAAUGUUCUUUUGGGGAGUCCAAGCAUCCCCUUGCCACCACCUCCAGGGCAGAGGGCGCCUCUGGAAGGCUGGGACUGCAGCAGGUCCCACCUCAAGGCCACCUGCCCUGAAAGGCAAAGCAGCUGUGCCAUUCUGGCCAGCCAGCUCGGGCAAGUGGGUGGCCCAGUAUGUGCAUCUGAACCUGCCUCAGGAACCUUCUGCAGAUCCCCCUCCAGACCUCUGGUAACCCUGUAAGAGGGGUUCACAGCCAUUCCCACCCAGCAAGUGGGCAGCGCUUACCCAGCAUCCACCACAGGCCAGGUCCCUCUCGGACAAGCAGGAAGCUAACGGCAGACCUGGCAAGGACCACGGUCAGUUGUUGAGAAUUCAUCAUCUUUUCCUGCGCUCCCUGAGUUUCAUAGAUGGGGUAACGUCGAACAGCCAUGUGCUUUGGAAGUACGCAAACCAGCCUCCACGUCUGGUGGGGGGCGGUGAGCCCCAGAGAGCUGGACAAGGCACACACACACAGGAUUACCCGAGGAAGGGCUUGCUGUGGUGCAGUGUCCAGGGAGACCUCGCUGCACUCGCUCGGCAGUCUGGCUUUGUGCUGACGUGCAGUGCGUGUCUUUACACUCCCGAGUGACUGAUGUUCAGUCAGGUGUUACCCACCUGUGUCUGUGCCAAGAAGCCACAGAACACCCUCUGCACAAAAGGACUAUUUGCACAAAGGAAAAAACAUUCCUUCAGGGGGUUCUUUAGAAACGCUUGAUACUCAACUAGCUAUAACUUCAUGGGAAAGCCUGGUGUCAAAGACGAGCUGGCACAGACGAACACCUUAAAGCUGAGUGUGCUGUGCACCUGUGCUCCAGCGCAGGCGAACCGCUGCUCCCCACCAUGCCCCACAGCUCCAGCGGCGCAGCCGCCCCAUGUCCAGCCCACUCCCCUCUCCUACAGCAUCACUGCCUCCCGGUUUCACACGCACCCUGCCUAGACUCAGCUUCCCCAGGCCAAGCUCACCAGCUUGUCUGGCACCUCCCUUAGGAGCCAGGCAGGAAGGAAGCACCUGGGCUGGACAGAGCUGAACAAGAUCCCGGGAGCCAGGAGGCUGCUAUUGAGUGGGGCAGACAUACACCCAGCCCACCCGGAAACAUGCCCACCACCUAUAGGAUUGUCAGUUCUACAAAGGAAGUUCCGAAACCGCGCUGAGGAAAUCCAUGCAGGAAAACAUCUGAGUGGGAGACAGAGCCACAAACCAUAGGAAGUAGGGUGUACCUAUAUUGUGUGCUAAACUGAAACAGGUGCUCAUGGCCUUUAAAUGAAAUGUUUUAAAUGAAAUAUCCCUGCCAAGGGGGGAGUGCCUAGAGCCAUUCCAUGUGCACACCUGACACCCGACUUGGGCUCUCGGAUCUUGGAGCAGGGUCAGGAAAGUACACCUUGUGUGUCAUUGACAGACACCCUUGGGCAACAGCGUCUGGGACCUUGGCCCCACAAAGCCAAAAGUAUUCAUGUUUGCUGGCCCCCAAACAUUCUUUAAAGAAUAGCUGCUUCUGUGGCACAGGGCAGACGUGGGGAAUCCUGCGACGGCCACAAGGCCCGGAUGUGGUCAGAGGUGCCAAGAGCAGCACGAGAGGCCAAGGGGGGCUCCCACACAGGUCUGGGAUGCAUCAGGCAUCAAGCAGAUAGUCAACAGUCAUCUGUUCAAACUGGUGAGAUUGUGAUAGGCCAAGAAUUCUCACUGACACGAAAACAAGAAAAGUUAACGUGAAGUAGACCAGAAGAAUAUUGUAACAGUUAAGUAGGCCAAGUGUGUCUGAACACUGCUAUGGUCUGAAUGUCUGUGUCCCUCUCCAAGUUCCUAGGCUGAAACCAACCCUCCAGGUGAUGGCAGCAGGAGGUGCUUAGGUCACAGGUGGAGCCUUUGUGAAUGGGAUUAGUGCCCAGAGAGCUCCCUCUGCCCUUCUGCCACUCAAGGACACAGGAAGUGGUCUCUCGCCACACACUGGAUCUGCCUUGAUUGUGGACUUCUGGCCUCCAGAACUGUGAGAAAUGAAUUUCUGUUGUUUAUAAGCCAUAGCAGCCUGAACGGACUGAGACAAAAUGUUAUAUUUUUAUUGUUUUUUUAAGAUGUGGAAUGUUAAGGGGCACCUGGGUGACUCAGUCAGUUGACUGUCCAACUUUGGCUCAGGUCAUUAUCUCACAGUUCGUGGGUUUGAGCCCCAUCGGGCUAUGUGCUAACAGCGCAGGGCCUGGAGCCUGCUUCGGAUUCUGUGUCUCCCUCUGUCUCUGCCCCUCCCCAACUUGUGCGUGUGCACCCUCUCUCAAAAAUAAAUAAACAUUAAAAAAAAAAAAAA